CCGGGCGGGGCGCGGGGCGCGGAGGGAGCGCAGGGAGCGAGGGCAGCGCCCGCCCGGCGCCGCUGCGGUGCGGCUGGCUGAGCCUCUCCGUUUGUCUAGCGCCCCGCUCCGUCCUGGCUUGUGCUGGGGGGAGUCCCCUUUCCGGCUGUCAAAAUGGUCAUCAAAGUGUUUGUGGCCACAUCGUCUGGGUCCAUAGCGAUUAGGAAAAAACAGCAAGAAGUGGUGGGCUUUCUGGAAGCGAAUAAAAUCGACUUUAAGGAAUUAGAUAUAGCUGGAGAUGAAGACAACCGGAAGUGGAUGAGAGAGAACGUCCCCGGAGAGAAAAAACCUCAGAAUGGGAUCCCUUUGCCCCCCCAGAUCUUCAACGAAGAGCAGUAUUGUGGGGAUUUUGACUCUUUCUUCUCUGCAAAAGAAGAGAAUAUUAUCUAUUCAUUCCUUGGUUUGGCUCCCCCUCCAGGCUCGAAGGUCACAAAGCCGCCGGGGGAGGAGCUGUCCCUGCCCAAUGGCGAGGUCAUGGGUGAGGCGCAGAGCCCUGCAGAGGGAACAGAGGAGGCUGGAGAAAGUGGAGAAAACGAGGCACCAAAGGAGGACAAGGAAGAUGAGGGCAACCCCGCCGAACCCCAAGAGGAGAAGGCAGGCGAGGUAACGGAGGAGGGAGCAGAAGGGGACGCAGAGGAAGAGGAAGCUGAGAAAGAAGAAGCAGCAGGAGGAGAAGCAGAAGGAGAAGAAGGAGGGGGAGAAGGAGGAGAAGAAGGAGGAGAGGAGACUUAGGCCUUCCUGCCUUAUUUCUUCAGUGUUUCCAGAAAAGCCAAGUCACGAAGCAACACCUCAGCUGUCUUCCCACAAACCAGACUCAACGCACGCUGUGGCCUGACGCUAGCCCCCCUCUCCGUACCCCUGGGGCUCCCCGAGGAACUGGACUCUCUGACACGGUUCGGGGUUCCCGGAUCCCUCUUCCUACCACAUCGACAAGACGUUCAUUGUCAAGACAACACGUGCACACCUUCCUGGGCCUGACACUUUGGGCCUUUGCUUAAUUUUCUCUCUUCUUUUUGUUUUGCUCUGCAUGAGUAGACCUUCUUACUAAUACCCUGAAAAAAAAAAAAAGGAUUUCAAAAUAUGGAAUUCCUCUCGGUGUUGUGCCAAGAGUAAUUCUUUGUACGGCCUUACGCUACUGUCUCAGAAUGAGCUUUCGAAAUGUAGUGCCUCCCGGAGAGCAAGCAUACAAAUAAAGAUGAAUGGCAAAGAUCUUGA